AUGGGCAAAAAGAAAUCAAAAUCCGAAUACAACUCCUUCCUAGACGGCGAGAAACUACGCGACAACACCAACGUCCGCACCUCGCUCACCAGCUCCUCAAGCGUCACACCUCCCAGUCGCCAAAAAGACGACACACACAACGCAAAAGCAAAGGGCACAAAGAAACCAGCCCUAACACACUUCCUCUGCCUCCCGCUCGUCACGCCAUCAAGCCGCCCGCAACUCCACCAAAACCUACAGAACCUAAAGCAAGACCUAUCCACCACCGAUGCAGCGGUCCCCGUAAAAGCCGUCCGACCAACCGGCACCCUGCACCUCACGCUGGGCGUCAUGUCUCUCUCCGACGCGGCGCUGCAAGAUGCUAUGCUGUACCUGCAAAGUCUCGAUUUGGCGGGUUUGCUGCGCGCACAGGGAGAUGCACAACUAGAUAGCGACGCGCUGACCGUUGAUUUAGCGGCCUUGGUUCCUAUGCAGGAGCCGCGCAAGACGAGUAUAUUGUACGCCGAGCCGCGGGAUGCGUCGCGGCGGUUAGUUCCUUUUGCGACGGCGCUGAAGGGGUUGUUUACCGAGCGGGGGUGUAUGGGUAGGGAGGAGAGAGGGUUGAGGCUGCAUGCUACGCUUGUUAAUACUGUGUAUGCGAAGCCUAAGGGGGGGAAGAAGGGGCGGGGUGCUGGGAAAGCAGUUGUGCAUGCUUCUGAGGGCUUGCGAGAUUCACAGCACCACAGCGACGAUGAUACGUCGUCAACGACGGCGGAGAUGAAGGAAAGGAGUCAGGGCCAUGGACCUGAGGCGAAGAGUUGGCGCUAUUUUGAUGCGAGGGCGCUGGUUGAGCGGUAUGAGGGGGUUGUUUGGGCAGAGGGUGUCGAGGUGGAUAGGGUGCAGAUUUGUGAGAUGGGCGCGAAGAAGGUGUGGAGUGGGGAUGGGGAGGGGGAGGGCGAGGUGGUGGAUGAGCGGUAUGAGGUUGUGUGCGAGAAGGUGAUUUUUGGGUAG